AGACACAUGAUUGUCACCGUCAUUUGAACUCAAAUUUUUAUAUCUUCUUUUUUAAACGCGCGCRCUCGAUAAGAAAAUUAAGACCGUUGAGUCAUUUGAUUCAAAUAAUCUUUCAUUCCGCGCGCGAAGACAAGGAGAUGAAGAGAAAUAUGCAGUUUACGAUUUUACAAACUUUGUUGUUUGUCACCGUUUGCGGCAAUAUUUUCACUAAUGUAGAUAUCGAUGAAUGUCAAACAGGUCAGUUUACAUGUCCUUACAGAACUCAUUGUGUGAAUAACAUUGGUUCUUAUGACUGUCAGUGUUCUGGAGGCAAUGGCUUCUAUUCGGACGGUAAACAAUGUAUUGACAAAGACGAAUGCAAGAAAACUGACAUAUGUCCAUCUCACUCAACGUGCAUCAAUACAGCGGGCUCAUAUAUGUGUUUGUGCAGUGAAGGCUAUACUGGACCUGGAAUACACUGUGAUGAUCUAAAUGAAUGUGUAGCGUUUCCAAAUAUCUGUACGGAACAUUCCCUGUGUUUGAAUACGGAGGGAUCUUACAUGUGUCAAUGUAAACCGGGAUAUCUAGGCGCUCAAAAUCGCUGCCAAGAUAUCGACGAGUGUCUGGCGGGUGCGGUGUGUAACAAGAACGCGGUAUGUGUCAAUACAGACGGCUCCUAUGCAUGUAUGUGUAACGGUGGUUAUAAACUUGUUAACGGUCACUGCAAGGAUGUGAAUGAAUGCCUAGAAAAGAUCAGUAGAUGUGACAACAAAGCUUACUGUCACAACACCGAAGGCUCGUAUAUAUGUUCUUGUAAGGACGGGUAYCAUGGCAACGGGAUGUUUUGCUUUGACACUCAAGACAAAGCUAAAGCAUGCAUGGAACAUGGCGUCUGCGAUGRAACCAAUCCGUAG